UUAGAAAUUCUGGUUUUAUUUAAACCCCAAGGAAGUUUCUUCUUCAUUUUUGACCACCAACUAAAGUAUUCCUGUAUUUUAGUGGAAAGUACUUGGUCUAGUACUUUUCUCUUAAUCCCAUUCUCCUUGGAAAAUCAGCACUAAAUCUCAAUCCUUAAUACUCCACUAUGUGCCCUUUUGUCCUUAUUUUCUCUGGACCGUUCUCUUCCAACAAAACGCGUAAAUGUGUAAUUUUCUUUUCAGAAACUCUAUUUUUGAUAUUUUGUCAUCUCAUCCUCCCUACUUUUUGUUCUUGUCCUGACUCAAAAUAUCUUUGGUGAGAGGGCUCCAAGAAACAAGAACAAUCUUGGCUUGAGGUUUCAUAUGCUUUCUUGCUUCUUCAUCUAAGACUGUUUAAUCCCUUUGCCCAUAUUUUUAUGUUUAGCACUUAAACUUUGGUUUUGUCAUGUUACUGUUUCAACAUUUUAUUUAACAGUAUUUGGCUGUUGAUGUCUUGAUGAUUGUCUAAAUGUUGUUGUAAUCAUGUGAUUUGUGGAUGUUUGCCUUAGUUUCUGAGUGAAUUUGAUAUAUUUUCAUGUCCAUCCCCUGAUACCUAGUAGUCUUUUAAUGUUAGUGACCAUAAAAGGGUUUAAGAGAAGUAUCCAAUUUUGUCCUAUUUCAUUAGAAGUUCUUGGGCUGUUGAGUACUUGAGGUUAAUCUACGAGGUAUAUUCUUGAUACUAGUCUUGGUUUCUGAAUUUCUGACCCAAUCAGAAAACAUAUAGAAAGAAAGGGGGUGGAGAGGCUUCUUGAUUACUUAUUUCAUCAGAAAAAAUAGAGCUUGAGGUUGGUUUCAAGAUUCAGGAGAAAGAUCAUCAAAAUUUUAGACCUUUAAGUCUAAUCAACCUGCUCUAACUUUUGCCUGGAAAUGGAUGAUAAUAAAUCAGUGGUCACAGUUCCUGAUGGGGAACAACAUAUAAUUGCUGCAGCUUAUCACCUUGUGAAGGCGUUACAAGCCAGUACGAGCUUGAGCGUUGAAGUUAGAAGAAGUCUAGCCGAUCUUGACAUUCACUUGGCUGCAAUGACUGGAGCAAAUGAGGAUGAGACCACAAGUCUCAGAGAGAUUGAAGGUAGGCUCAAGUCAGCUCAGGUAAAGAUCUUGACUUUGCAGUCGAAUUCUUUGAAGAUAUGGGAUGCUGGUCCUUCACAACUUCUUGAGUAUCUGCAAGCUGUAGAAGAAGUUCGAACUAUAACACUGAGCUUGGAAAGCAUGGUGCCAAACCAUAACGGAAAACAAAACAGACUCGCUAACCAAGCUCACAGUGUGUUGCAAAUGGCAAUGGCAAAACUGCAGGAAGAAGUUAUCAACAUUCUUGUACAGAAUAAGCUGUGUUUUGGGCAUGAUCAUGUGUCAUUCCACUCGUGUGAAGAGUUGGUUGUGGAUGAGGAGUCAAUGGUUUCAACUGAAAAUGAUUCGGUUGUGGGAACUUCUUGCAGGGAGAGUAGUGGAGCUGAAUCAGAAGAAUGUACAAUGGUUUUGGUCCAUCCAUAUGUUGUUCCUCAGAUCAAGUCUAUUGCAAAUGUAAUGUUCGCUUCACAUUACGAUCAGGAAUUCUGCCAGGUAUUUAUCAGAUUCUGGAAAGAUGCAUUACAUGAAUACUUAAGGCUUUUCUGUAUGCAACAAACCAGCAUUGAAGAUGUGCUGAGAAUGGAUUGGGCUUGCUUGAAUUGCAGAAUCAAGAAGUGGCGCCAGGCAACGAAGAACGUCAUUGAAUUCUAUCUCCCUAGUGAGAAAAACCUCUUUGAUCAACUUCUAGGUGAGUUUGGAUCUGUUAGCUCAACCAGUUUCAUUGAAGCUUCAAAGGAUGCAAUUUUGUGUCUUUUGAAUUUCGGCCAAGCUGUAGCUAUUGGCCCCCUUAGACCUGAACGCCUUUUUUGUUUACUUGAUAUGUAUGAGCUUCUAAGAGAUCUUUGUCAAGACGUGGAUGCUUUGUUUUGUGAAACUCAUGGUAAUUUCAUUAACAUAGAAUACCAUGAACUCCUGAAAAAUCUUGGAGAUUCUGCAAAAGCAAUCUUUCUGGAGUUGGGGAAUCACAUUGCUUCAAACACUUCAACAACUCCCUUCUACGGAGGAGGUGUUCAUCCUCUUACCAAUCAGUAGCAUCCAUGCUUGAAUCCAACCUUGACAAAAGGUCCAAUUUAUAUAAAGAUGGUUCUUUAAAGCACAUAUUUCUGAUGAACAACAUCCAUUACAUGGUUCAGAA